UCAAGAACACAAAAAUUUACCUAAACUAUAUGCUAAUGUGAAUCUUUAACGAACCCAGUAAAUUCACAGUUCAUGUCGCACUACUUUCAAACAUCCUGCAAGAGGGGCCGGCCGCCGACUAUCCCACUGUCAGAAAUAAUCGACACCUGCUAUAUAUCAUGCCACGGAUCCAUUCUUGGACUCGCAUUUCUCCUCUUCCUCCUCCUUGCUCAUUCUUCAUCAUGUUCAGGAUGGGGAAGAGCAGCAGCCUCUUGGUCUCUUUCUUCUCUCUGCUGCUCUUGCUGCCUUCUUGUGUCCUGGGAGAGAACCCUUACAGGUUCUACACCUGGAACGUGACCUAUGGCUAUAUCUGGCCUCUUGGUGUCGAGCAACAGGGGAUUUUGAUCAAUGGCCAGUUUCCAGGACCACCGAUCGAUGCCGUCACCAACGACAACAUCAUCAUCAAUGUCUUCAACAGCUUGCCCGAGCCCUUCCUCAUUUCAUGGAAUGGGAUACAGCAGAGGAGAAACUCAUGGCAGGAUGGUGUUUACGGCACCAACUGCCCGAUCCCACCCGGUGGCAACUUCACUUACGUCAUGCAGUUGAAGGACCAGAUCGGAAGCUACUUCUACUUCCCAUCUCUGGGGUUCCACAAGGCCGCCGGCGGAUUUGGCGGCAUCAGAAUCCUGAGCCGGCCGAUGAUCCCCGUCCCGUUCCCUCCUCCUGCAGAUGAUUACACGCUUUUGGUCGGUGACUGGUUCAAAGCUAACCACACUGAUCUGAGAUACAUAUUAGACAGCGGCAAAGAUCUUCCCUUCCCUGAUGGCGUCCUGAUCAAUGGCAGAGGACAGUACGGAAACACCUUCACCGUGGACCAAGGCAAAACAUAUCGUUUCCGGAUAUCGAACGUGGGAUUGGCCACAUCACUGAACAUAAGAAUCCAAGGACACACAUUGUUGUUGGUGGAGGUGGAAGGAUCGCACACUCUCCAAAACGCUUACUCUUCCUUCGACCUCCAUUUGGGCCAGUCGUGCUCGUUUCUAGUCACGGCCGAUCAGCCUCCGAUGGACUACAACAUCGUCGUCUCCACGCGGUUCACGAGCACCGUGCUAUCGACCACCGCCGUCUUCCGGUACAGCAACUCCGGGGGGCGGUCAUCCGGUCCAGCUCCGGGAGGGCCGACUAUUCAGAUUGACUGGUCGCUCAACCAGGCGCGAUCCAUUAGAUGGAAUCUGACAGCAAGUGGACCGAGGCCAAAUCCACAAGGUUCAUAUCAUUAUGGACUCGUGAACACCACCAGAACCAUUAGGCUUGCCAACUCUGCUCCGGUCAUCAAUGGCAAACAGAGAUACGCCGUCAACAGUGUCUCCUUCAUUCCGGCCGACACGCCGCUCAAAGUGGCCGAUUUCUACAAAAUCCAGGGAGUGUUUAACCUGGGAAGCAUUCCAGAUAACCCGACUUAUGGGUCUGGUUAUCUGCAGACCUCAGUCAUGGCGUCUAACAUGCGAGAUUACGUCGAGAUCAUCUUCGAGAACGGGGAGGACACCGUGCAGUCAUGGCACAUCGACGGAUACUCAUUCUGGGUCGUCGGAAUGGAUGGAGGGCAAUGGACAGCAGCAAGCAGGGAUGGUUACAACCUGAGAGAUGCAGUAGCUCGAUGCACAGUUCAGGUGUACCCCAAAUCAUGGUCUGCAAUCUACAUGCCAUUGGACAAUGUAGGACUGUGGAACAUCAGGUCAGAGAACUGGGCAAGACAGUAUUUGGGGCAGCAGUUCUAUCUCCGAGUCUACUCUCCGGCCAACUCAUGGAGGGAUGAGAACCCAAUCCCCAGGAACGCCCUCCUCUGCGGCCGGGCAUCCGGUCGUCGAACAAGGCCGCUCUGAAACCAUGAGAAGGAAAUGGAAGCAUGGUCACGAGAGCGUGAUAAGCUUGAUCAAGCGCCUUGAGGAGAGCUUAGUUCAUGUCUCUGCCAUGGUCUUGUUCGCAUAGAUAUGAUAAUUUAUAUUUUUGGGUCUUAUAUGUGAUCGCUAGUCUCAUUUCUCGCAUGAUGUAUUUCAUAUAGUUGCUUGCUACUUUUUGCAUUGAGAAUUUGAAUUGGCCAUAAAGCAUGGCCCGAGUUGAAAGCAGAAAUA